AUGCAUGAGGAAGAAAACAGUGCACCGGAGGAAUUUAUCGGAAUAGCGAAUUUUCAGGCCAGUGGAGCUGACCAGCUUAGCUUCAGCACUGGGGACAGAGUGUUGGUCCACAACAAGAGCUCAGCUGAUUGGUGGUGGGCAGAAUUUCAGGGAUGCUAUGGCUAUGUACCAUCCAGCUACUUGCAACUGGACACAGAGGAGGACGUCUGGCAGGACGACGAAUAUUUUGGCAAUUAUGGUACACUGCGGCUUCAUUUAGAGAUGCUAUCAGACAAACCUCGCACUGAGACAUAUAGGCAAGUUAUCUUAAGCAACAGCGCCCCCCUGAGGGGAAAAGUGAUCAUGGAUCUGGGCUGUGGGACAGGCAUCAUCAGCCUUUUUUGUGCUUGUCUGUCACAGCCUGCAGCGGUAUAUGCUGUCGAGGCAAGCUCAGUGGCAGAAUAUACAUGUGCGCUGGUGAAGCAGAACCGCUGUGAGAACGUGGUGAAGGUAUUUCAGGCCCGGAUAGAAGAGCUGACCCUGCCUGGUAAAGUGGAUGUGCUGGUGUCUGAGUGGAUGGGGAACUGCCUCUUGUUUGAGUUCAUGGUGGAGUCUGUGGUGCUGGCACGGGACCGCUGGCUGAAACAGGGUGGAAUGAUGUGGCCCUCAUCUGCCUGUCUUACACUCGUGCCCUGUCAAGCCUUGACUGACUACAGUGAGAAAAUGGACUUCUGGGACAGACCAUACGGUUUAGACUUCAGCUGUCUCAAGCCACUUGCACAAAAGGAAUUCUUUUCCAAGCCCAAGUUCAACCACCAGAUUGUUCCGGAGGACUGCCUGUCCGCCCCCAGUGACGUCAUUACACUCAACAUGCACACACUGCAGGUGUCAGACUUAGAGAAACUAAGUGGAAAUUUCAGUUUCACUGUGGAGAAGUUUGGUACUCUGCAUGGGUUUACAGCUUGGUUUAGUGCACAAUUUCAGAGUCUUGAGAAAGACGGUACAGUGCUGGAAUUGAACACGGGACCACAUUCCGAGUUGACUCACUGGAAGCAGACUCUCUUCAUGCUGGACAGUCCAGUCACAGUACAUGAGGGCGACUGUAUUGCUGGGUCAAUCACACUACAGAGGAACCCUAUUUGGAGACGCCACAUGACCAUCACCUUCCAGUGGAGCAUAAAUAGCACCAAGGUGUCACAGGUCCAGACGAACAGUUUUCCAAUGUGGAGGUGA